AGGAAGGAGGAACAGUGGUGGUGGGCCACCUUGCUGGAUGCGGCAGGCAAGGCCUUGGCUGAGGGCUAUGUGCCCCACAAUUACCUGGCUAAGAAGGAAACUGUGGAGUCUGAGCCGUGAGUGGCCCUGGAGAGCUGGCACAGGGGAAGGGAUGGACCUUGGGCUGGACUGGGGCAGCCAGAGGGUGUAAGAUCCUAGCUAGACAUUCAGUUGGUCAUACUCUGAUCCUUAACAUCCUGGUACGCAGGGUUGCUGAUAGGGCCAUGCCUCUGCGUGACACUGGGGAAUGGGGCCUCUCCUUUGGAACCCACCCAUGACUACUUCCCAGUCAUAAGUACUGUUUUGUUAGGACCCAGAUAGGACAGGACAGAAGGGCCCAGUGUGGAUUUUUAGGAUGGUGUGAGAGACAAGAUCUGUGUGGGAAUUCAAAGCUGUUGGGAGUUUGUUCACUUUCCAAACAGCCAGAACCAGAUGUGCGACCUAGUUCAGGGAGACAGAAGGCUGCUGGGGCACACCUGUCUAUAUCACCUGUUGGGGGUACAUGUGCAAACACAGUGGUGUAUUUUCGUGCCUCCUCAAGCACCUUAAUCCACUGUCCUGGUCACCCACAUACCUGAGCCCUUAGAGGCUUUGAGGAACUACAAUAGUGCUUGGUGUGGGCAUGUCCACAACCACCCAAGGACCCAAGCUAUAUAGGGUGCUCUGGGCUAAGGCUGGGAAAGGAUUUCUUACCCAGCAGGAGGGAUUUCUUGUUUUGCUCCUCAGACCCUCUCUCCCUACUCAUCUCACAGUGAGCACCUAGUGUGUGUAGCUGGAAGGUUUCUCCAUCCAGCCUGGCCCCUGGUCCCUCAGCUGCUUAUAAAAUAAUCAUUCAGAGGCUUAAUAUUAAUUACAAACUGUGUGGCCUCUUGCUAGCUAGCUCUUAUAACUUAACCCAUUUCUAUUUACCUAAAGUUGCCAGGAGCCAUGGCUUACCGGUACUUUCUCCUGGUGGCAGCUGGCGUCUCUCCCACCUCCGCCUUUUCUUUCCUGUCUCGCUCCUUGGAUUUCCCACCUGCCUCUAAGCUGCCUUGCCAUAGGCCAAAGCAGCUUAUUUAUUAAGCAAUGGGAACAACAUAUAUUCACAGCAUACAGAAAGAUAUCCCCCAGCAAUUGUGCUCAAUGGAAGAUCGUGAGCACACAAGGAGACAAGAAACAAGAGUAAUAAAUGAUACCUAGGACAGUUCCAGAGAUAGGGGUUCAUAAUGGGAACAAGGUAGGCAUGGGUGGUGUACAUAAAAGGCUGAGAAGAGUCAGGUGGUGGCACGUUUUUAGCACUCAGGAGGUAAAGGCAGAUGGAUCUCUAAAUUCAAGGGCAGCCUGGUCUACACAGAGAGGUCCUGUCAGAGAUAGACAGAGACAGAGAGGCAGAGAUAGAGAAUCAGACAGAGGGAGAGAGGGAGGGAGGGAGGGAGGGAGAAAGAGAGAAAGAAAGAAAGAGAGAGAGAGAGAGAGUCACAUGGCCAAUAUAGCAAGAGCAAAGGCCCUGAGGUCCUGAAAAUCUAACCCAUGAAGUCAGAGGAGGAGCAAAGCAGAGGAGACGAAGUGGUCAGGGUUAGUGGGAGAGAUUCUUUAGCUUUGCAGGACUUGAGGAGGUGGGCUUCAAGGGCUUGAGCUGAAUGUUAGGCUCCUAUGUGGAGCCCAUGUUCCAACCUUAAGGGAGUUGGAGACUCCAUGGGCAGAGAUCAUCUAUGUAAUUCCACAGACUUUCACCUGUAGUUCAGUUCAGGCAUGUCUGUCCUUCCUGUUGGAAACCAGUAAGUACAAAUGCUUUGGAAUGGAGAGUAUGUGCAUGUGUGCCACUGUGUCUGUGCAAGUACGUAAGGGUGUGCUUAUCAGUACAUGUGCAUGCUUGUGUAAGUAUGCAAAUGUGAGUGCAUGGAUGGGCAUGUGUGUCUGUGCACAUAAGUGCGCAUGCGCUAAUGGCUAUGUGAUUAUGUGAACAUGUGUAUGAAAGUAUAAGUCAGGAAGAAGCACUGAGGAGCUGCUGUUGAGAUCCCUCUCCCACCUACUUCUGGUGGGAGGGCUGAUGUCUGUAGCUCUGGUCCCACAACCUGCUGAGACAUCCACAUGAUGGGACUGCAGGCCUUUGCGGGGUGUGGGGGAGGGCUGAUCCACAGGUGGUCAUCAUUUACCAGAUAGUAGGCAGUGCUUGCCCAUCCCACUUCUGGGCCACUAGGACUUUUCCUGGUGUCCAGAACCAGCCAUUUAGGACUUUCAGGGUCCAUGAUAGGCUGAGAGGCCUCUGCAGGGUUGGGAGCAGCAUGAGAGGCAGCUUGGUUGGGGUAGGGAGUGUGAGAUAGGAGUCAGGGGUAGCUAGGACUCCAGAUAGACAGGGAAGGGUUGGAUAGUUGAGAGACAGGCUGGAUGUGGGGCUGGGGUAAUAUACUGAGGCUGACUUUCUCCCCUGCAGGUGGUUCUUUGGUGACAUCUCCCGCGUAGAGGCCACGCACAGGCUGCAGGCUGAGGACAGCUCAAAGGGUACCUUCCUGGUCAGAGUCAGCCACAAGGCAGGAGCAGACUAUGUUCUCUCUGGAUCUGGACAGACGAUGUGGGCCGGCUGCAUCUGAAUGAGGCGGUGUCCUUCCCCAGCCUGACUGAGCUUGUGGACUACCACAAGAUCCAGAGCCUGUCCCAUGGCCUGCAACUGACUAUGCCCUGCUGGAAGCACAAAACUGAGCCCUUGCCCCACUGGGAUGACUGGGAGAGGCCAAGGGAGGAGUUCACACUCUGUAAGAAGCUGGGGGCCGGCUACUUUGGGGAGGUCUACGAAGGGCUCUGGAAAGGCCAGGUCCGUGUGGCUGUGAAGGUGAUCUCUAGAGAUAACCUCCUGCACCAGCACACCUUCCAGUCUGAGAUCCAGGCCAUGAAGAGGCUGCGGCACAAGCGCAUCCUGGCACUGUACGCUGUGGCAUCUGCAGGGGACCCCGUCUACAUCAUCACGGAGCUCAUGCCCAAGGGGAGCCUGCUGCAGCUAUUACGGGACUCUGAUGAGAAAGUCCUGCCUAUGUCGGAGCUGGUGGACUUUGCAUCACAGGUUGCUGAGGGCAUGUGCUACCUGGAAUCUCAGAAUUACAUCCACCGUGACCUGGCUGCUAGAAAUGUUCUCGUUGCAGAGAACAAUCUCUGCAAAGUGGGGGACUUUGGGCUGGCCAGGCUUGUCAAGGAGGACAUCUACCUUUCCCACGACCACAACAUCCCCUACAAAUGGACAGCACCUGAGGCACUCUCCCGAGGGCAUUACUCCAUCAAAUCUGACGUCUGGUCUUUUGGGGUUCUCCUCCAUGAAAUUUUCAGCAGGGGGCAGAUGCCCUACCCAGGCAUGUCCAAUCAUGAGGCCUUCCUGAGGGUAGAUGCCGGCUACCGCAUGCCAUGCCCCCUGGAAUGCCCACCCAACGUGUACAAGCUGAUGCUCAGCUGUUGGAGCCAGGAUCCCAAGCAGAGACCUUGCUUCAAAGAACUGUGUGAGAAACUCUCAGGCAUCACCAGGUAUGAGAACCUGGUCUGAGCUCCUUGGACGUGGCCAGGACCCACAGAAGAGAGGCUUCAUGAUUAUCCUGGACCUCCAUUGAAGGUGUGCACCAUACUUCAGCCUACUGAGGGGAUAGGAAACACACCAAACAUACCUCAGAUACUGCAUGCUAUCAAGAAAAGAGUGAAGAGGGUGCCAUACUACCUUCCCACCUAUACCCUUCCAGGAGGCAGUCCACAAAAUCCAGGCAGCCAUCCUGUCUUCUUCCUCCCUUCUCCUGUGAAGACUUCAUGUGACAGAGAAGCCAAGAGUCUAAGCAACAGGCCUGUGGAAUUCUUAACAGCAUAUCACUUUCAGAGCAUACCUGUCCUUGGUCACUCCUCUGCUCAAUUGCGCGCGCGCGCGUGCGCGCGCGCGCACGCACACACACACACACACACACACACACACACACACACACACCUUGGCACCUUAAUUCUACAGGCUCUUAUGCCACAGAACAAGUUUUGAGCUUCAGGUCCUUUCCCUUCAGAGACAGCUGUUUCUGUCCUGAGCUCCUGAGACAGAACACUCUAGAAAACUACUGACCUCAUGCUCUGCCUCAUCCUCCAAUACAGUUCUCAGGGAUAUAACUGUCACUAGAUAGGGAGAACACAGAAAAACAUUUGGAAACAGGGCAAAUUAAAACUCUUAGAACUAAGUCUUUUGCAUAGACAUUAGUCCAUCCUCCUUCCUGUUGGGAUCUAAAUCUUCCCAGAUGGCUCUGGUCCAAGGCUGCUUUCCUCAUGUGUCUCCAGGGUUCUUGAACCCAUGCUUGACUAAGUCCAGCCAGACUAUCUGCUCUCUCUGUCAGCUCCUUAUAUACUUGGACAUUAGGGCCCCAGUUCUGAUGGGGUGAGAGUACCCCAAAAGUAUCUAUCAGAGGCUGCCUUACUGGAAGUGGGCAUAACCCUCUCAGCACAUAUCUACCACCAGUUUUCAGACUGACCUCUCAACCUCUCAAGACAGGUGAACAUACCCCAACCUCCCUUGAGGAAAUGUCCUCUCUGUGUCCAAGAGAUGACACUGUCUGUACUGCUUCCUGUAAAGUCAAGCUAUCUUUUAAAAAUACAGUUCUCAGGGAUAUAACUGUCACUAGAUAGGGAGAACGCAGAAAAACAUUUGGAAACAGGGCAAAUUAAAACUCUUAGAACUAAGUCUUUUGCAUAGACAUUAGUCAACAAUUUUCUAAGUAACUGAACCUUUCAUUUUUGCCAAGAACAGAAUUUGGGCCAGGCUUGGUGGCACAUACCUUUAAUCCUAGCACUUCAAAGACAGAGGCAGGCAGAUCUCUGAGUUAGAGGCCAGCCUGGUCUACAUAAUGAGUUCCAGGACAGCCAGAGCUACAUAGAGGCCCUGUCUCAAACAAAACAAAACAAAACCCAAUAAAAACAAAACAAACAACAACAACAAAAAACUCUUAUAAUUCUGUUUAGACUGGUCUAGAGAUGAGUGUUCAUUAAAUAUUUCUAAAACCACUCAGAAAUACCAGAACAAGGUCAAACGUUCUUAAAGAUCAUGAUUUAGAAUAAUCUUUAAGAGUGUUGGUAAGAUAAAAAACAGGUAUGUUUUCAGCUAUGUCAACACUGAAUACAAUAUAGCUAGACCAGUGGUUCUCAACCUUCCUAAUGCUGCAACCCUUUAAUACAGUUAUUCAUGUUGUGGUGAGCCCAACCAUAAAAUUAUUUUUGUUGUUACUUUAUAACUUUGUUAUGGAUCAUAAUGUAAGUAUUUUUGGAGAUAGAGGUUUGACAAAGGGGUCAUAACCCACAGGUUCAGAAACACUGAACUAGGCCUCCCCCUGCUCCCAGGGUUUAAACAAGUUUGUUAAUUCUACUGAGUAUUUAAAAUGCUGAGACUAGGAACGGAAAUCAACAGUAGCAUACAAAGGAAAGACACGAGGAGUGGAUGGUCUUUGCUUCGGUGGUGUUGGUGACAUUUGCUUGAUUUGUUAACAAGAGCAAUUUUGUGUUGACACCUCGUGAAACCUUCACGACCAUAACUGUUGAAUGAACAGGAAUGUAAGUUGGGUGAAAGUUUAAAUAAACGUUUCAAUAAUAAAAGUCAUCUUAAAACCUUAAGUUUGUUAAGGCUUGGGAAAUUUUAGUUAUUAAUUCAACUUUGGGGUAAUUCCUAAGGAAACAUAAACUUAAGCUGAUCUUCUUGUGGCCUCUUGAUCUUACACACGACGGAUGAGCUAGGUGUGCUCGGGUCUGUAGUGAGUAUGAGAAGCUGUAUAAUUUGAAGGACAUGCUGCUCCAGUGCCUGCAGGGGUUUUCUUCAGUGGCAUGCUGGCACUGAGGCAUGGGGGUUUACUUCCUAGUUGCACUAGAACUAGGGAACGUAAGAUUAGGAAUAAUACAUGUAACUAGAACCACCAGAAACAGCAGGGAAAGUCACCUAUGUGCAAAGCAGACAGGGAAAACUCCACUUGUGGUAAGGUUGUCGUUUAGAGAGGACGAUAAUCAUUGAGUGUUCCAGAGUAUGAAAAAGAAAAAUAGGGAGAAAAAGCUGACGGAUCUCCUCCCCCGCUUCUUUUCGAGACAGGGUUCUCAAGUGUAGCCAUGGUUGUCCUGGAAUUCACUCUAUAGACCAUGCUGGCCUAGAUACACCUGCCUCGGAGUGCUGGGAUUAAAGGCAUGCACCACCACAUCCAGCUUGUUGAUACUUUUCAGAUACUCAAAGGCCUGGUGGAAUGGAACCUUAUCUCAUGUAGUCAAAGCUAAGGACUGAAAGGAUUUAUUUAGAGUUCUUUUAGAUUAGCUUAGGGGUUGAGGCCGUAGCUCAGUUGGUAGAGCCUAAUAAACAUAAAGUCUUGGGUUCCAUUCACAGCACUGGAUAACCAGGUAUGGUGGUGCACACCUGAAAUCUUCGGAUCUGAGAGAUGAAAGCAGGAGACCAACUUGGGCUACGCAAGACCUUGUCUUAAACACACACACCCUUAAAAAAAAGGAAUCCGCCGGGCGGUGGUGGCGCACGCCUUUAAUCCCAGCACUCGGGAGGCAGAGCCAGGCGGAUCUCUGUGAGUUCGAGACCAGCCUGGGCUACCAAGUGAGUUCCAGGAAAGGCGCAAAUCUACACAGAGAAAUCCUGUCUCGAAAAACCAAAAAAAAAAAAAAAAAAGGAAUCAUUUUAAUAAUAAUAUAGAUAUAAAACUAGUUUAGCAUUAUGAGAGAUGUCUUUACAAGUUCCAAAAUCUUGCAGUCUUAAGCUAGUUUAACUCAGGUAAUCAGCCUAGGGUUUGUGUUCAAUCUCAUGCUUCCUUCAUGUUGUAUGUGACUCAGUCUUUGAUUAUUGAAGGACAAGUUUUGCUCACAACCACAUAACCUAGAUUUCCUUUAAAUAUCUUACUACUUUGCUUAAAUAGAUAACUAAGGUCAUACCUAAUCAAGUGUUUGACAAUUCCGAAACCAAGCUCUAGAUCCAAUUCUUCUAACUUUAAACGAACUUUUAAGUUUCCAGAAGGGGCCUUGCAGUCUCAGGAUCUCUCUUUUAUAAAAAAGAGAGCAAUUAAACUAGGCUUACUUGAUGUUCUGAGAAGCCUUGUCAAAUACUAAAAUAUGAAACCUUUAAGUUGUAUUUGUUACAGGUGUUAUUCAUAUGAGCUGUAGAAGAUUCCUGAAAGUCUGGUGUAUUCAGGUAUGUCAUCAGUCAUAAUCGUAUUAUACUUAAACACGUGCCGCAGUGAAUUAACAGCACCUUAGCGCGGCUUUCUUUCAAAUGUUUACUUUGACUCUUGGAGAUGAAAGGUAUCUAUCAACUCAGUCUCAAACUACUUCUUCCAGGAUGUUUACAUUAUACAGGUAUCCACACAGUCUCAGAAUCACUGUCAUGGUGCUUCUACGCUUAUCACCAAAUGGGUAGGCUCACUGCCAUCCCCAGAUAAGUCAGAACAAGAACUCAGUAUGAGUGAACUGGUAUUUUAUAUUUUUUUAAACCACUUUAAAUUUUGCUGUUUUUUUUUUUUUUAAGGAAAUCUUUUCCCUUUCUCCAGCUUACUUUGUGAAAGGUGAAAAUAUGUAUCUUUCUCCUUCCUGAUUUUUCAAGAAUCUAUAAUGGUACUCUGCAUUUGCAUGUGAAGGCCAGAGGUUCCUCAGGUAUCACUUUAAAAUAAAAGGAUCUCUCACCAAUUAGACUAGGGUAGAUAGCUAACCCCAAGAAUCCACAUCCCCAGCACUGAGAUAACAAGCACUACUACAUCCACCUUUUACAGGAAUUCCAAAGGUGGAGUUCAAGUAUUCACAUUUGCAGGGUAAGCCUUUAUCAACUGAGCCAUUUCCUCAGCUCCAGGCAGACUGAAUAACUUUAGUAAGGAAGGGUGACUCCAUGGUAGCAAGGUCUCGUGGGAAGAACUGGCCUGGCUCCUUGAAUAUAUGGGUGGCUGCCUCACUAUGAGAAAGUAAGACUUUAGAAGCCACAGGACUUUUUGAAGAGGGAGCUAACCAAACCCACAGGUGCUGCUGGCAAAAAUCUGUGGUACAACUUGGAUGUGGCUGCCUGGUCUGAAUAUACUUUCAAAGUCUAACCUGAGAUUCUGAGAACAAAGUCCUGGUGUCACACAGACAGGAGCCUAUCAGUACUGUUCUGCUGCACGGUGUAAACCCAACAGACCACUGGUAAACAGAUCUGCCCUACUUUGUCUGAAAUUGUAGGGUUUUUUUUCAGAAGCUACAGUGUACUCAGCACCAGGCCUAUUUGUUCUGAGGUUUAGUACCCAAGAUCCAGAGUGGAUCCAAAUUCUUUCCUUUAUUCUCUUAGGAUCACUUUUUAUCUGGUACCCCCAACUGUUUUCUAACCCUUCUGAAGUCACUAAGCCAUUUCUUAGCUCUGCCUGCUGCAGCUGCACGUGACGAGACUUCCGAGAAAACAAACCUCACAGAUGGGAAACCCUUGUGACUUCAGUCCAAAGACCAAAAGUCUACGGGGAGGGACCUAUGGGAGGAGUAGAUGGGAAGACGAACCAUGCUACAUGCCAUCCAGAGCUGUUGGCUGUCCCCAGCUUCCAGCUCUGACAAUGAGCAGAUGCAAUCAGCAGCUCUGUGGGCAUUGUCUGGACAUUUCAGCCUACUCUGAGUAGGACACAAUCCCUGUUCUGAGUCCAUCAAAGCUGGGAAGAGCCUCCUCCUCCUACAAUUUGUUCAGGAGUAAGGGCAGCAUCCCACAAGCCACCCUGAGGGCAGGCAGGAGGGAGGCUCAGCUGUCAGAAGCACAGGCCUCAGUUCCCUAGGCAGAGUGCUUUGUUUAUGACAGGACUGCUGUGCCACACCUAAGACUCCUUAGCUUGCUGGCUUCAGCAGCCCUCCAUGGUCCCUAUGCCCUCUUACCCUGAGGCUAGACUACUUGUGGCUAGAAUCCUCUCUCAGUCUGUGCUAGUAUCCCCAACCUUUGGGGACCAUUCAUGCAGCAAGGCCAUCUACCAGGUUCCUGCGUAGGUACAGGGUCUCUAUAGCUGGGAGCUCCCAAGCUAAGCUAGAGGCCCAGCCUCCCCUGUACUGUCUACCUAGUGGCUAACUGCUACCCUCCGCUCUCCAGAAAUAGAGGUAUCCCAGCUUCUUGGGCCGGGCCCACUUGAGAGGUCAUCAUCUCA